AUGAUCAAAUUCUUCCAGGAGAAAGUAGCCAAUGAUGAUGUGCUUAGAAUAAUGGAAGACAAGUGCUCACUGGAUGAGAUUGCCACAGGAAAGUUCCUGGACAGUCCCAAGUUUCUGAUGCAGUCGUAUAUUCGGGUUUAUUGA